UCAGUGUCGACUUCAUGUGAGCGUGUGCGUGUCAAAGUCGACUUUGACCAUGGGAACAAGUAUCAUGACUCGCGAGGACUGGGAUUCCGGAAACUAGACACCGGAAGGAAAGACGAUUCUCGACCGGAUUUUCCGGUUGAAUCCGGAUCAUGGCGAUUGACUUGAAUAACGACCACGCCGCACAGAGAAAGAAGGCGAAAAGGAACGAGGAACCGGCGCCGUUUUGGAAACUGUGUCUUCGGUUCGCGUUCUCGCACGUGGGACUGUUCCUGCUUGUUGGGGCGUACGCCACGUUAGGGGCCUAUUUGUUCAUUUCAUUGGAAUUGCCUUUCGAGGAAUAUCGGUACGAAGUGAAGAAGGUCAAGGCUCAGGACGUGGACGAUUCCAUCAGAUUCCUCGCUGAUCACUUUGAAUAUUUCAACAAGCAAAACUUGACUUCGCCUGAAUGGAAGACCAAAGUCAUCAAUGAUUUGACGAGGCUGAAGAAGUACAUCGUGUCACUCGUCGACGAAUAUCAAUACGACGGAUACGGACACAUUGCUCCAGACACGUUCAAUGGACAGAUUUUCGUCAUCAUUUAUGCCAUCAUCGGGGUGCCGUUGAUGUUGAUGUUCCUCGCUAAUAUUGGUGACACGAUGGCAACUUGGCUCAAAUAUACAUACAGUCGUGGAUGCUGUCGCUGGUGCAGGUCAAGAAGGAAAGAAUCAGAACUGCCACCCGGGAUUCCAAAAAAUUCCCGCGGGUAUCGACUGAUGGAUGAAGAAGUCGGACCCGAAACCUACAUGCCUACCGACGACAUCACGGUUCCCAUUGUGCUGAACUUGGUCAUCCUGUCAUUCUACAUCGUCAUGGGUGGACUGUUGUUCAGUUACUACGAGGGUUGGACGAUUUCAGAAUCUGCCUAUUUCACGUUCGUCACGAUCAGCACCAUUGGGUUCGGAGACUAUGUACCAGGGAAAAGGUUCGUG